AUGGAGUUGGGCCACGUGCGGGCGGGGUGCACGAGCCUGGAGGACAGGACCGGCGCCUGUUACAGGUGCGGCCGGACCGGUCAUCUCGCCGGUUCCUGUGCGGAGCCGGUGAUGUGCCCGGCCUGUGCGCAGGCCGGCCUGUCAUCUGGGCACCGGAUAGGGGCGGCCAAGAGCUGUGUGGCCACCCGGAAACGGAAACCGGGUGGCAGGGCUAAGAGGGCUGCCGAGUCCGUUCCCCAGGCCCCACCCAGCGGGCCGGGGACCGCGGUUCGGUCCGAAGCCUUGGCGCCCGUGCCCGCUGGACUGGCCUCGCGCCUGUCGGGGGUGUCCUCUGGGGGGGCUGCGGUCUCCCCGGAGGUGAACAUGGAGAUAGACGUCCUGGAGGAGACGGGGCCCCUGCCGAUCAAUGGCCAAUAG